UAGGGCCUAACUGAAAGAAGAAAAAACAACAACAACAACAACAACAACAACAACAACAACCAAAAACCACUCUUCUCAUAAUCUGACUAUUAUUGUGUGCACCUGGUUUUGCAAAUUGUCAACUAUAAACCGUCUUGCUGCAGUUAACACACAAAUAAAACUGGACUCCAAAAAACGUUAUAAAACAAAAUGGCGUCUGGGGGACGAAACCCCAGAAAUAUGUUGGAAGUUCCAGAGGAAGUCCGAGGCAGGGCGAAGAGCAACUCGCCCAGCCGUCGAAGGUUCAAGCUGUCCCCGGUCGCCCCUGCGUAUCGUCCGGAUGAUAUGGUCUCUUCCCGGUACUCGAUUACAUCUAGCGACGAGGAGAGAGAUUCACCAUCCAGAGGAUGGCGGUCUGCGGAUGAGUACGAUGACCCAAGACGGGGUCUCCCGGACCUCCGAGCCGGUCUAGAGGACGACUACCGCCGUCUUGAGGAGCUCGACGUCCCACCAACACUCCCCCGCUACAAUGUCGAUACCAUGAUACGCUACCAGCCCACAGCACCCACAAAACCUCCCCUACAAGAGGGUAGGUUCACCACCAAAGUGGUCACCUUCUACCGUAACGGAGACAAGCACUUCAAGGGCGUGACGCUACCGGUCAAUCAGCGCAACUUUCGGCAGUGGGACACCCUGCUGAAGUACCUCGCCGAGAAAAUCCACCUUCCUUACGGCGUGCGAUACGUCUACGGUCUGGGAGGCGAUCAGGUCGGCAGCAUCGCCGAGCUUGUAGACGGCAGGGCGUAUGUCUGCGCCAGCGGGCAAUUCUCACGGAACGUGCCGUAUGGUAGGGUAGAGCACGCCAACAAGCACUGGCAGAACCGCAAACCCAGUGUGGGAGUCCGAGGGUCAGACUUGGAGUUGUUCCAAUCUGAAGCCUCUCGUCGAUGGCACGAAACAUUCGAUAAAGUCGGAGGUGACCCGCUGGUGCCGGCAAUGGCACAGUACGUCCCAUACAACACGAAUGUGAACUCCAUCCUUGCCAUUGACCCUACGGUGGGACAGCACGCUAAGCCAAGGGUAGUCGUGAUUAUCAGUAACACCCAUCCGGCCAGCCGGGCCUCCAUCCUCCUCAACCCGAAGACAACGCAGAGUUUUGAGCAGGUUCUUCGUGACAUGACGCCGGCAAUCGUCAUGAGUAGCCCGCCCAUCAAGCAGCUCUACACAUGGAGGACAGAGGAAGCUGUUCUGAGUUUUACUCAGCUUUUCCGUGACUUCAAGAACCACGACAAGUUCAUCGCGUGCGGCCUGGAACCGCUGAAGAAAACAACCAGUUUUAGCGACUCCAGCACAGAGGCCGACUCGGACGGUAGAGGGCGCUUCGCAUUGGGUGUCGGUGACGAAAGUGACCGGAAAAAGGGUGGGAAAUACACGACGUGGCACAAACGGAAGAUAAACCGAAAGGUGAAGGGGAAAGGAGACGCGGCUAAUGUCAGUCAAGAUGUUUACAACGCCGACGAGUCCGCCAGUCCCCGUUCAUCCCUAGAAGGCAGCCCCCGUCUACCACCGAUGAAACCUCGCCGAGCCUUCGGCAGCAGCGACGGGUCAAACCCACCUCCUGACCGGCAGAAGAUUCACCGCAAGAAGACCACUUACCCGGAGAUUGUACCCAUGGAGGUCACUGAGCCAAAACAGAGGUACGAUCUGAGGCAGCGACAGAGGCUUCAGCCGGAUUUAAAGAUAGAUGAUGGUUUCCUGGAGGAGCAGCCGACCCGGGUAACGAACGGAGCAGCAGGCCCCGGGCUGAGAGAUUCAGGGGAGAGGAGAGUCGGUCUCGCCCCGCCAAUUACUAUCGAUAUUCACGGUCAGACGAGGCAGUUUCUAUCGCCGUCAAAUGUCGACCCGAGGCAAGUGAAUCGAGACACAGCUCCGAAUAAACGACUCAAGCUGGACUGGGUCUAUGGUUACCGAGGGUUCGAACACCGGAACAACCUGUUUGUUGUGCCCUCUGGUGAGCUGCUAUACUACGUGGGAGCCGUGGCCGUGCUCUACGACAAGGAUGCCGACAGGCAGAGACACUACACGGGUCACAAUGAGGACAUACAAAGUAUUGCUGUACAUCCAAACGGUACUCACGUCGCAACUGGACAACUCGCAGGACAACUGCCCGAAACAACUCCACAAGAUAUUGCCAUGUGUCAUUCGGCUCACGUACGAGUAUGGGAGGUGGACUCUCUCCACACCCACGCCAUACUGGGACUGGAGUUCUUCGAAGCUGGUAUCGCUUGUCUCAGCUUCUCAAACGAGAACAAUGGUGAAUGGCUGCUAGCGGUCGAACAAGGCAGUCAUCACGUGCUCAGUGUAUGGGAAUGGAAUGACGAUGCCUUACUUGCCAAAUCCAAGGAGUACACGCUCUACGAUGCUGCAACCUCACAGACAUCUGGAACAGACGCUGUGGUGGUUGGAGUAUUUCAUCCUUUCGAUGACAGUAUCAUCGUCACCGCUGGGAGGCAACACCUCUUCUUCUGGAACUUGGUUCACAAGAAAAUCAUUCGCGACAAAAAGAGCGGGAAUUUUGAUGGUCAGCGGCCAGGGUACGUGACGUGUGUUGAAUUCUCACACACGGGUGAUGUACUGACGGGAGACUCAAACGGUAACAUAUCCGUCUGGGAAAAAGAUCAUGAAAAUAUAUUCCGGGUUCGGUACUGUAUACAACACGCUCACGAGCGGAGCGUCUUCUCGCUCUGUAUGCUUGAGGAUGGGACCUUACUCUCCGGAGGCGGGCUGGAUAGACGCCUCCAGGCAUGGGACUCGCUACAGGGCUAUUCAUCAGCCAAAAUAGAAAGACUUUUUACAGAAAGUGCAGGUGGAAUCCGGGCCAUUGUCCCGUUGAAUCCCGGAAGCCCAGACGGCCGGAUCGUCUUAGGAACAACCCGGAACCACAUCAUGGAGGGGUCGCUACAGACCAAGUUCAUCUUUAUCUUACAGGGUCACAGUCAAGAGUUAUGGGCGCUUGCUCCCCAUCCCUCUGAACAGGCCUUUGCUACGGCUGGCCACGACCAGAUCGUCAUGCUAUGGCAAGCCGAUUCACACAAACUCCUCUGGAAGACAGAAGUAGAGAAACCGUGUGUUUCCUGUGGUUUCAACCCAUCUGGUACGGUACUUGCCAUCGGGACUGUCUCAGGACGUUUCACUGUUCUAAACGCAUACGACGGGGCGCACAUAACCUCCGUUCAAGUCGGCAGUGAGCAGCUGGACGCGAUCAAAUUCUCACCAGAUGGGAGCAUGUUGGUGAUGGGGUCUCAUGACCAUAAGAUCUACCUGUUUUCAGUCCUGGAUGACGGUCAGGUGUACCGCAGAGCAGGCUCUCUCCAAGGUCACAGUAACUACAUCACGCAAAUUGAUUGGUCAGCGGAUGGUCAUUUCCUGCAGAGCGUCUCUGGCAACUACGACCUCAGAUUUUGGGAAGUUCCGGAGAUGAAGAAACAAAAAGCUGACUCCGUUCGGAACGUAGCUUGGCAGACACAGACGUGUACUCUAGGCUAUUCGGUCUUAGGAAUUUGGCCAGCAAGGGAAAGCGGUGUUGAUGUGAACACAGUGGACCGUUCGAGAACGGGCAGCCUGCUUGCAACUGGGGAUAAUCUUGGCUGCCUGUCACUCUACAGAUAUCCAUGCUCGUCAACCAAAGCAACGUCCUUUGACAUCAAGGCCCAAAGCUUUCACGUCACCGGCGCACGGUUCCUUGUGAAUGACAGCUUUCUGAUCUCUACAGGCGGAGCAGACGCCGUUCUCAUGCAGUGGUCUAUCGUGGGAAAGAGUAACCCAUACACACAUUAGUUGGAGUACUGUAAGUGUCAAGGGCGCCCCCACUCGACUGAUAGCAGAAAAACAUAAGUGCGCCCCUUGUUACAAAAUCACCGUAACACCACGGAGGAAGAAAAUAGCAUUACAUAAUUAUUUACUACCCGCUCCAAUAUUAGUAAAUAGCGCCCUCUCUGAGGAUCUUCUCAAAAAAAUGGUGUCCGUGGAUUAUGUUUGCCGCCCCCAGUGGUAGCAUCAACACACAUAAUCUCGUUUUGGUAAAGUGGUUGGUGCAGAGUGCGCUGCAUGUGAAGUUACAAAGUUCUUUCAUUUGCAAAAAAAUAAACGGAAAAAGAGCAGAACACGAUUUAUGUUAUUUCGACAGAGGGGAAAUAAUAUUUGAGUAGGUCUUUUUGCAAAAUAACUUCAUGUAAUAAAUUACUAAAGACAAGGUGUACAAAAACUGCAAAGGACUGGUCAAACUUUGGACUUUGGAACACAAUCAAUCAAAUCUAAAAUGCCCUUCUUUUCUAACUGAAUUAAAAUCGACGACUGUCCUAUCAAGUAUAGGAACGGAUAUUUUAACAAAACAAUAUUGUAAAUUAUAUAUAUUUUUUAAAUGUCUAUAUUAUUUAACGAGUGGAUUACUAAUUAAAUUUGGAUUGUAAAUUGAGGCCUUUAGAAGAAAACGUGCAAUAAAAAUAUUACACAGUGAUCUACAAGCUAUUUUAAUAAAAUCGCAUAACAGAUUAUAA